AAACAUGGCAUGUGUUGAAACGCUUUGAGUCUGUGUGAUAAAAUCCGACCCAUGCAAGCAGAAGUCACCUGAAGAGCGAAAGGAAAAAAAAAGGAGCAGGGCGUCACGCGGUGCGGGUCACAUGACCGGUGUAUGUGCGUGUGGACGCGCGAGCGCGCUCUCUGAGCCGAGAGCCACGGCGCGCGAUACAGCACGGAUAUACGCGCGCGCACACCGAGAAACAACGGCAACUCUAUUUGCAUUAAUAUUAAUAAUAGGAUUGUAUUAAUAUUAUUGUUAUUAUUUGCCUGUUUGCUUUUCCGUUGUUUUAAUGAAUCUGGACCCGGGCUUGCUUUUUAUGACGGAUAUUUCGCACGCGCUGACAACAUGGCCGUGGUUGAACACAAUAUCGUCGUGCGCGACUCUACCGAAAGGGAUCGACUGCUGUCGCCGUUGACUUGCUACGGUUCCCAUGACCGCUGCAUUGACCAUGGCAUUCCCAAGUUGUACCCAUCAUCAGCAGCCUGGGUGACCAGGGACCAGGAAGAGGAAGAGCUGAGGAGGAAGUUAAAAUACUUCUUCAUGAGCCCAUGUGAUAAGUACCAUGCCAAGGGCAGGAAACCAUUUAAACUGGUACUACAGAUGUUAAAGAUCAUCAUAGUGACAGCACAGCUUGUGCUAUUUGGUUUGAGUAACCAGAUGGUGGUAAACUUUAAAGAAGAAAACACAGCGUCCUUUAAACAUCUUUUCCUGAAAGACUACGCCGAUGGUGCAGACGACAUGCUGGCAGUGUACACGCAGAACGACGUCUAUGAUCACAUCUAUUAUGCAAUAGAACAGUACCUGCGCUUGUCGGACACCACCGUGGGACGCUACGCUUAUGUCUUUGGAGUGGGCUUUAAUGGCAGCGCUCUGUCUCUCUGCCAGCAGUAUUAUAAAAAAGGCAGCAUUGACCCAGCUAAUGACACCUUUAAUAUCGACCCACAUGUUGUGACAGCUUGCGUAGGCGUCACCCCACUCGACGUACCUGAUGGCGUAUUGAAAAAUGACUACAAAAACUUUACUCUCAAAUUUCACAAGCUGAUCAACGUUACAAUACAGUUCCAGCUAAAGGCUAUAAAUCUUCAGACCAUCAUAAACAACGAGAUUCCUGACUGUUACACUUUUGUAAUCACGAUCGUCCUGGACAAUAAGGCUCACAGUGGCAAGGUGAAGAUCAGCCUGGAUAAUCAGGUCUCCAUCAAGGAGUGUAGAGACCCCAGUGUGUCUGGCCAUGCGGAAAACUACACCCGGGUGGCCUUCGAUGUCUUUGUGCUGUUGAUUUGUGUCUGCUCUCUGGUGCUCUGCGGGCGCUCUAUUUUCAGAGGAGUCCUCCUUCAGCAUGAGUUUGUACAGUACUUUAAAAUCAAACUGGAACGUACGGUGUCUUGGGGGGACAGGAUGGAGUUCAUCAAUGGCUGGUUUAUUCUGCUGAUCAUAAGUGACCUGUUCACCAUCACCGGCUCCAUCAUAAAGAUCGGAAUUGAGUUCAAGGACAUGGCAUCCUAUGACGUGUGCGGGAUUUUGUUGGGAACGUCAACGCUGCUGGUGUGGGUGGGGGUGAUUCGUUAUUUCAGCUUCUUUCAGAAGUACAAUAUUCUGAUUGUGACAUUGCGUGCAGCGUUCCCCAACGUGAUCCGUUUCAGCUGCUGUGUGGCUGUGAUCUAUCUGGGCUACUGCUUCUGUGGCUGGAUUGUUUUAGGCCCAUACCACGUCAAGUUCCGCUCCAUGUCCAUGGUAUCAGAGUGCCUGUUCUCUCUGAUAAAUGGAGAUGACAUGUUUGUUACCUUCAGUGGCAUGCAGGAGAGCAGCCUACUGGUGUGGAUCUUCAGCCAGUUGUACCUGUACACAUUUAUCUCCUUGUUCAUCUAUAUGGUGCUCUCGCUCUUCAUCGCCCUUAUCACCGGAGCCUACGAGACCAUCAAGCACCAAACUCAGGAGCCGCUUCACAUCACUGAUUUGCAUGCGUUUAUCGCCGAGUGCAAAGACACGCCCAGCUCAGGAAAGUUCCGGGGAAUAGAGACAUCGCCGUGCUCCUUCUUCUGCUGCUGUGACAGGACCACCACCUAUGAAGAUGUUCUGCUGGUGAACUAGUCAUUCAACUACAGCUCUUAUGCCCCCUGCUGGUGACAUUGUGAUGCUGCAUCCAUUGCAAGAUUAGAAACCGGAUUAAUACAGCUGCACCCGAUCCACAUUUUACCUCCACACACUCAUCACACGCUGCAGGAGAGAGGAUUUUCCUCCUGGAUGUGAUGGUGAAAAAAUAUAAGAAUUUUUAAAGCUCAGAAAAAAAAGAGAACUGGGUGAUUGGAAAAAAGCACCAAAAAAAACCUGGUGGUGCAGUGCGCAAGCUUUAUUUAGAAAAAGAGUAAGUUAGGAGGUCAGUGUUUUAUGUGUUGUAUUGAGCAUGAUUUUAUUGUGCUGUUAACUUGGCAGACGUUUCAUAUAUUCCGUGCCAAUGUCUUUGCAUUGUUUUAAACUGUAUCAUUUUGACUAAAAAAAGAACUGCCGUUGCACCAUACUUCACUUUCACUACCCCAGACAUCUCAUCUCAGCACUAAUCACUUCCUCGUUGUUCCUUUUUUAAGAUUUUAGGAUAUGAGAUCUAGCUGUUGUUAAAAACAUUGAGCUGUUUUCUAAUAUUUUAACUUCUCUAUACAUUCCAGCAGUAGCCAGUAAAAUCAAACAUAUGGUUUGGACCACCAGCAUUCAACCAAUCAGGGAUUAAGGAUACAUCUCUACUGGCCUAGUCAUGUCUCCUUUCCAUUGUGAAAGCUCCCUCUUUUGCUCCAAUGUUCAUGCAUUUUUGCCGAGUCAUGUGCUUUGGAGUUAACAAUAAGGGGGUCGUAAUUGGAUUUUGUGUUUCGGUUAUCUCCUGCCAAAUUUGCCUUGUGAGGGUCCUAAACUAGUUGUUUUUGUGCAAUCCAAAAAAAUAAUUGUGGCUAAAAUCUGAGACCAAUCUUUGGCCCUGUUAGUAAAGAAAUGGUUUAGAGCAUUAGUACAAUGUGCAAAUUUGGGAAUAAAAAUCAAUUUUGUUCAAACAUCUUCGAGAAGCUAAACAGGAUGUUCACUCGCUCUGAAGCUGUAGUCGUUAUAUCCUGGAUGAAAUAAAAGGGCUUCGUCUUC